UAUACACCAGGUCAUCUAUGGAAAAGUCAUACUGAAUUCAACAGUGUUCUAGGACUGUCUAGCAACAAGUUUAUCUCUACAACGUCACUGUGUUGUUCGAAAAACGUACAAAAAUGACUUUCUUACAAUGUACACUUGCUGCUCUUCUCCUUCAUGUCGCAUGUGGUAGUUAUCUAGCUCACCGCGCCGCUUACCAUGGUGGUUACUCUUCGCCCAUAGUAUCCUCUUACGAUUAUCCGUCUUACCCAGCCGCCUAUCCAGCAUACUCUUCGGCUAGUACUUACCACACCGACUAUCCAACCUACUCCAAACCCGUCGACUACUAUUCUCCGCCAAAAUACUCUUUCAACUACGGAGUGAAAGACUACCAUACUGGCGAUGUCAAGGACCAAUGGGAAGAAAGAGAUGGUGAUGUAGUCAAAGGAGAAUACAGUUUGGUGGAACCCGAUGGCACCACCCGUAAAGUCACCUACACCGCUGAUGACCACAAUGGUUUCAACGCUGUUGUACACAAGUCAGGACACGCACACCACCCGGCUACAUUACCAGUCCACCACGCUCCUCUUUACCACAGUUACCGUCGUUGAUAGGCUGUGUUUUUUAUACAAAAGAUCACUUUGCCCAGUCUAGUUAUCGAAUUUGAAUUCAAGUAUAUUAUUUUGCAUAUUAUCAUAAUAUACUUUUAGGUUAAGUUCUCUGUAAAUUAUACCAAAUCAAAAAAAAAAGAUUCACUUUCAGAAAACCAAAUGAACGUCAAUUUUCUUCAUCUUCUGUAUUACUUUAAUAAUAUUAAUGAUUUAAUUCCUUCACUUCAAUAAUGAUCUCUUUUAUGUGUUACAUAUAUAAUUAUAUAUAUCACAAAAUAUGCUUUAUAUUUUUAUUCUAACUGUAUGGUAAAUCAAGAAAAUUUUGUAUUUUUAUAUUUUUUUUUAAUUGAAGUUUUUGUAUAAAUAAUUUGGAUUGUAUUUCUUAUACAUAUGAAUGUAUACAGAUUUAAUAUUCCCUGUUUAUAACAAAUAAUAACAACACCAUCCACUGUACUUCUUAUUG